GAUUUUUGUAAUUUCCCCAAUGGCUAACUAGCGCGCCGCACCAAAUCAUAACCCAUCUACUAUGCAUAAGUGGACCUUAUGCCCCUACCGGCUUGGAAGCUGGGGCGGACAUCGGAGGUAGGCUUGGACACUGCCUUCGCACAGCGAAAGCUCAGAUCAAAAGAGAAGAAGAAGAAGAAGAAGAAGAAGAAAAAGAGACGACGAAGGAGAGAGUUUUGAAGGAUUUAAUUGGAUUGUUGUUUUUGGAGGGGAUUGAUGGGGACUAGGGUUCCAGUACAGCACUACAAUCUGAGAUCGGCGAAUUCAUAUAUUGAGAGCUCUUUGCAUGAUCUCAACACCGUCGAUGGUCGUCCCGGGGAGAUCGAAGGUCUCGGCGAGGUCGAUCGCGACGCCAUCACUGAAGACAGCUUGGAAAACGACGAUGAAUCGAGUGCUGUUGACUGCAUUCAUGAACCCUACAGGAAUUCUUUACCACUUCAGAGUGUAGGAGUGGAGGAAGAUCGCUCUACUUUAGAAAAUAAUGGUUCUUCAAGGGGUCCCUACGAUAUUUUGACUACUGAUGAUAUUUCGCCGAUUGAAAAUGCAAGGGCAAGGUUUUUGGACAUUGUUGUGGAUCACUUUAUAAGCUCGCAUGUAAUCGAAGUACCAGAUUCUGAGGCUGACUAUGCAGCUCAGUCUGCUCAAGAUAAGCUAAGCAAGAGGAAAUCAAGGGAGAUCCAUUAUGAAGGAGAUGCAAGGUUGGCGUUGCCCUUGAUGUAUGUGGCAAAUAUGUAUGAAAGUUUGGUAAGUGAAGUGAACAUGAGGGUCUCUUCUGUGAAUGGCUUUCGUGGAAAGACGAUUGGGGUGGCCCUUGAAGCAGCUGGUGGUUUGUACAGAAAGCUUGCUAAGAAAUUCCCCAGAAAAGGAACUUACAUAUUUAAGAGAAGAGAAUUGGCAACUUCUCUUGAAACAAGGACGAGAUUUCCAGAGUUAGUAAUACAAGAGGAGAAGCGGGUUCGUUUUGUGGUGGUCAACGGUCUAGCUAUCGUUGAAAAACCUACUAGUAUGCGUAUUGAUGAUGCAGAAUGGUUCAGGAGAUUGACAGGGCGGAAUGAAGUAGCUGUCUCUGCUCGAGACUAUAAGUUUUACUCGCCAAGACACAAGUACAGGCGUUGUGCCUCAAACUCUGUGCCCAGUAUCCCCAGUUUGCCUAAUUUCCCUGGCUCAGACAGUUCUUCUCCAAUGGCUACCAGUCAAGGUUACCGCUCUGUCAAUGAAUCCGAAAAUCAGCAGCAAACCUCAUGUAAACCUCAUAUGCAGCCACUGGCUCAUCAGCCUCAGUUUCAUUCCUUGCACAACCAUCAGCAUGCUAUUCACCAAACUCAACAUUUAUCUCACUUUUCUCACAACCAUCAGUGUGGACCACCUCCACACUUGCCUGAAAUUGCUCACACCCAGCAGUCGCCAACCAUUUCCCAGCACAUGGCUUGCUUACAACCGCUCUCGGGAGGUCAUGUGGGCGGGCGCUUGCAUGUACUAGCAAAGUUUUGUGAUGAAUGUGGAGCUCCAUAUUUGAGAGAGACCUCUAAGUUCUGUUCGGAAUGCGGCGUUAAGAGGUUAGGGACCUGACUUGUAGUGUUCAUAUGUAAAGUUUGGAUUGGUAGACAAUAACUUGUGAAUAUCAUUUUUCAUUUAGUUUGUGAUUUUAUAGUGUUUGACUUCCGUGUAAUUUUGAGAUACUCUGAAACAAAUGCAAAAUAUUUAGAGUAACAAAUGAUAGAUCAACUAAUUGGGUACAGUAAUUUCUCCCAUGAUUUGUUGAGAAUUUCCA